UUCAUUCAAUCUCCCAAACACACAGACCCACUGCGAGACGGACACACACUCACACUCAGACACACAACUGCACGCAGCGAGGCUCGGGAAGUCAGGUCGCCUCCUCGCCUCGGCGCCUUCUUCGCUCCAGCCAGCCGGUUCUCCCCUGGGGCCCGGAGCUCGGCCGGGCCGCGCAGCCCCAAAACAGGACGAGCUCGGCGAACCCCGGUUCCUCCAUGGGCAAACGCGGGCGGCCGCGCAAGGAGGCGCGCUGCGAGGGUGCGGGGCUGGCCCCCGCCGCGCCCCCGGCCGUGACCGCGCCCCAGCCCCCGGCCCAGCCAGAGGAGCUCGCGGGGGCCAAGCUCAGGUGCCCCUUCUCGGACAUUUUCAACACCAGCGAGAACUCGAUGGAGAAGCACAUCAACACUUUUCUGCAGAACGUGCAGAUUCUGCUCGAGGCCGCCAGCUACCUGGAGCAGAUCGAGAAAGAAAACAAAAAGUGUGAACAUGGCUACGCCUCAGCGUUCCCCUCCAUGCCGAGCCCCCGGCUGCAGCAUUCAAAGCCCCCACGGAGGUUGAGCCGGGCACAGAAACACAGCAGCGGGAGCAGCAACACCAGCACUGCCAACAGGUCUACACACAAUGAGCUGGAAAAGAAUCGACGAGCUCAUCUUCGCCUGUGUUUAGAACGCUUAAAAGUUCUGAUUCCACUAGGACCAGAUUGCACCAGGCACACAACACUUGGUUUGCUCAACAAAGCCAAAGCACACAUCAAGAAACUUGAAGAAGCUGAAAGGAAGAGCCAGCACCAGCUAGAGAAUUUGGAACGAGAACAGAGAUUUUUAAAGCGGCGACUGGAACAGCUGCAGGGUCCUCAAGAGAUGGAACGAAUACGAAUGGACAGCAUUGGAUCAACUAUUUCUUCAGAUCGUUCUGAUUCAGAGCGAGAGGAGAUUGAAGUGGAUGUUGAAAGCACAGAGUUCUCCCAUGGAGAAGUGGACAAUAUCAGUACCACCAGCAUCAGUGACAUUGAUGACCACAGCAGCCUGCAGAGUAUUGGGAGUGACGAGGGUUACUCCAGUGCCAGUGUCAAACUUUCGUUCACUUCCUAGAACCCAGCAUGACAUAACAGUGCAGGGCAAAAUAUUCACUGGGCCAGUUCAGUCCAAACAAUCUCUUAAAUUGGGUUCAUGAUGCAGUCUCCUCUUUAAAGCUAAACAAAACUAUACUUGAAUGGAAGGGUCAAGAGACCUCUAUUUAAGCAAAUACUUAGCAAAAAGUGGAGCAGAGGCUCCUCAACAGAACAAAUAUUCAUAAUAUUCAUAUCUGAAAAUCAGUUUCUAAUGGCAGCAGAAAACAUGUGUGAAAUUUUCUCGAUUUGAUUUAGUUGAUUUGAAAGAGGACAUUGGAGAUUCCAUCCUCUUUUUCUUUUCUAGUUUGCUCAUACUACAUUGAUUGAGUAGACACAUUUAAGGAUGGGAUUAUGAACCCUUCCUGAGCUUUUUGGUCCUAAAAACAAAAAUCAAACCUAUAGUAAUGACAAGACAAGAUAAUCAGGCAUUAAUCUUGGAUAGCUAAAGAGCUAUUAAAACUCAAGCCUGGGACAGCUUAUCCUGAAGCCUGUGGAUGAUCAAUUCUUUAAAAAAAAAAAAAAGCUCAUUUCAUGCUCUACAAAAGGAGAGACUCCCAUGAAGCCUUUUGAAAGGGAUCAUCAUGCAGCUCAGCUUUCUGUUGGAUUCCAUGCUAAGCAAGCUAACCUUAUCCAGCAUUGUUAGCACUAGGGCACCCAACCGCCAGCUCUACAGUCAGCUGCCCUUAGGCCCUUGGGUCUGUGUGCAUGACACGCUCUGCCACACAGGGCCUGAGUUCGGAUUGAGGGGCCAGAAGGAAAAAGCUCCAUGUGCCUCUGUGUCUGCGUGGGCCAGAAGAGUUGUGCACACAGAUUAGCAGGCCAAGGUCUGAGCCAUGGCAGCAUUUUUAUUUCAGAUUUUGAUAACUGUUUGUAUGUGUUGAAAACCAAAAUGACAUCUUUUUAAAGCUUGUCCAUAAAAAACAUAGACGUCUUUUAUAGUGAAAAACACAUGGGAAAAAAUCAUCUAUUUUGAUGCAGCAUUUGAUAAUGAUAAAACACCUCACACCUCACUCUUUAUAGUGCACAAAAUGAAUGAGGUCUGGGCUAAGUAGAAAAAAGGUCAAUGCUGUUUUUGUUUUCUUUUAGAAUCAUUACCUUUUACCAUCUUUUAACCAUCUGAUAUCUAUACUAGACAUACUAUCAUAGUUAACAUAGUUAAGUUCGGCACUUGUCUCAUUUUAAUGUAAAGAUUUGCUUCCGUUUUCCUACAGGCAGUCUCUCUCCUUCCUCACAAUCCCAUUGUGCAGGUGCUAUUGUUGCUCUUGUCAAUAUUUUCAGAAAUGUUAUUUUAAGUGAAAUUCUAGCCUGCACUUUGAUGUCAUGUGUUUCCUUUUUGUCUUUCAAACUCCCAGGUUCUCCCCUGGCCCUCUCCCUUACCCCAGGAAGCCUUGGAGACCUUACCCUGGCUCUUUGGACUUUGUAUACUUUAAAUAAUUUAACUACCCUUAAUUACUUAAAAAAGAAAAAAAAAAGCUUUAUGAUUUUCAUAACUUAUUGCUGAUUUUAAUGGGUUAAUUUCAGUCCUGUAGUUUUGUUUUGUUUAGAUAGGGCUGGGCAAGGAAAAAGAAAAUAAAGACAACCAUAUUUAGCAGUGCA